UUCAGUUUGCAUUACUAGACAAACCAGUAUAAAAUACGUAAUGGAGCGUCGUGUUCGCAGUAUGCCAGUUUACACAUAUGUGUCUCACCCCUCUGUGGACGGACUGUACGCUAUUCCGUCAGUAACAACGCAAGAAGGUUUCGACGCUGCAAUAUCCUACCAAGCUAGGCCUGGAGAUAUUUUUCUUUGUACAUACCCAAAAUGUGGAACAACAUGGGUUCAGAAUGCACUCCUGGGAAUGAAAUAUGGACGACCCUUAGCAAAAAAUGAAAAGCUGAACAUCAUGUUUCCCCACCUUGAAUUUAAUGGUAUAGAUGCCGUUGAAAAUGUGGAAGACCUCCCACGAAUGAUAAAAACACAUCUUUUGUUUGAUAUGACACCAUGGAAUCAACAAUCAAAAUAUAUAUGUGUAGCUCGAAACCCCAAAGAUUGCUUCGCUUCAUUCUUCUAUCACACUGUCGGGUUUACCCACUUAUACCACUACGAGGAUGGAAAAUUUGAUGAUUUCUUUGAACUACUGAUCAGUGGGAAAGUUGAUUCCGGGGAUUUUUUUGAUUUUUCAACAAAGUGGUGGGCUAUGAGUAAAGAAAAGUCAAAUGUUUUGUACGUAUUAUACGAAGAUCUGAAGUACGAUCCUCAUGGGUAUGUUGUAGAGAUCAAAACUCCAGAAUCAGAAGAUUCACAUUGUACCACUACAGUUUGUAUGAGAGCUCAAGAUUCAAUUCCCUAUUUAAUACGAAAAUAA